UACCGUAGCCGCCUGAUUUAUUUAAACAAACUCCUAUUGAGAUAAUUAUUCCCGUACUUUAUUUUAAAACACGAUAACAUUAAUUAAGUCAUGUAUUUAUAUUUGUGGCCAAUUAUAGUUUUUUUUAAUCGUGCUAAAGCACAAAUGAAAAUAGUUUUUUAUUUUUUUUCUUCAGGCAGUUUGUGUGGACACGUCUGUUUAGGGCGCGCUGGAGCGAAGGAUUUUGAACUUUGGAAAAAAAAAUAAUUUUAGAGAGUUUUUAUUUUGAACAGUCUUGAAAGAAUCGCCUUUAUUCCGUAUUUUAUCACAACCCUUCCUGUAGGUAAUUAUUCUUAACUACAAUACGACUGUGUUUAAGGCGAGGUGUUUCUGAGAUGGCGUCUCUAGAUGAAGGGCUUCAGGCGCUGGAGGAGGUGCACGGAGCUCUGGUCAACAUCAUUUCCAGCGACUCGGCUGAGAUGCUGAGGAAAGCCGUGGAUAAACAGCGCCUGAUCUGGGAACAUUUCUACCAGACAGAGAAGACCGCGUCGCAGCUCGUGUCUGAGCUGAUGCAGACGGAGGAGCGCGUUGCUCAGAAGGUGCUGGAUGCCGAGCAGCAGAAGAACCGGGGUCUGGGAGAGCUGGAGAGACUGGAGAAGGAGCUGUGGGGGGCAGCGUCUCGCAACAACAAACUCGGGGCGGAAGUGGACUUUCUCCAGAAGGAGCUGGAAGCUUUGAAAGAGACGGAGAAGGAGAUGCAGCACCUCCAGGAAGAGAUCGACGAAGACACCACCGUGGUGAUCCCGUCCGCAGUGUACAAGGCACAGCUUUACCACAAUGUGACAAAGAUCAAGUGGGAUCACGGGGCUGAGCCUCACAUUCUCAGAGGAGUUCACUAUGGAGCCGACAUUGCAACCCCUAUCAACUUUGACACCACCCAGCAGUCGGAGACCUUCGUCAGCAAUUACCUGUGGAGUUUAGUCAGCACGGAGUGGUAGAGGGAGAGGAGAGGAAGGGGAGAGGGAGGGGAGAGAGAGAGGGAGGGAGGAAGGGGAGAGGGAGGAAGGAAGGAAGGAAGGGGAGAGAGAGAGGGAGGGAGGGUGAGGUGGGAAGAGGGUACUGCUUUCAUGAUCUAAUAGAUAUAUGUGUUUGUUUUGUGGUGUUACGUUUUUUAAUAUAUAUGUUUGUUUAAAUAAAGUUUAAGGUUUGUGUCCUCCGAAUCGUUCUGUGCGUAGUUGUAUUUCUUUAGCGAAGCAUUCCUGUUGAGGGGAACUCGAGACCCAUGCAAGGUCACCAGCAUCUGAAACGAGAUCCACCCUGCAAUAAUUCAACUCCCUCAAAUACAGAAACGAGACGUCUGGGAAAAAUAAGUGUUCACUGGAAAAAUGAUCUUGCAAUAAAACAAACAUUUUAAUGUAUUUUUAUUUUAUUUUUUUACAAUUUAAGGAGCCAUUUCAUUUAAUUUUUUUUUUUUUUUUUAACCUGUUGUAAACUCCAGAUUCUUUAACCAACAAAAUACUUUUUGAAGCAACUGCUUGCCCAAGCACGGUGGGGAAGAGUGAAAAAAAACUCCCCCAAAAAAAGGUCCACAGUUUGUAAAAAGUUAUUUAAAUAAACUGCAUGCUGAUUAGACCAAAAAAAA